AUGCAGCGGAUAGAGAACAACGACACCACGACACCACUCACGUCGACGUCGCAAUUUAUACAGGCAGACGAUGAUGAUGACUUUGACGAAGACGCCAUCCCCGCUUUCACACAUCCCGCGUUGGCCGCGUCGCCGACGACACCCGACUCGGGGAAGGGGAAGGGUCGCGCAGCAGACCAGCUCGACGCUUCCGGUUCUCACCUGUCAUCUUCCCCGAUCUCUGGAAACAUUGGGGGUCCUGCCAAUGGUGCCCCCAGGUCUGGACGGAGAACAGUGGCUGGUGUACAGGUGGAGAACCGGUAUAGCGGUGUCAACACACUUGACGAGCCAAUAAGCACCACCUUCGGUCGUGACCUCCUAUCCAUCUAUACGAAGCUCGUACAAAUCAUGUAUCCACCAAGGGCAGGCAACAAACGCGAAGUGCUGAGAGACUGGGACUUGUGGGGACCUCUAGGCAUCUGUUUGCUGCUUGGUAUUCUCCUCAGCGUCAAUGCCCCGGCUUCGCAGUCGCUGGUCGUUUUCACCUCCAUCGUUGUAAUUAUCUCCGUAGGGUCACUAGUAGUAACGGUCCAAGCACAGUUACUGGGCGGUAGACUUUCCUUCUUCCAGGGUCUUUGCGUGUUCGGAUACUGUGUAGCGCCUCUCAACAUUGCCGCCCUCGUGGCAGCCUUCGUGCGGCUGAUCUACGUACGAGCGCCCGUAGCUGUGGCAGCAUGGGCGUGGUGUAUCUGGGCGGCGAUAAAUUUCCUGGACGGCACGAAAAUCGAACAGCAGCGGAUUGUGCUUGCAGUGUAUCCUCUCGUCCUAUUCUACUCCAUUCUAGCUUGGAUGAUUAUCAUCCAGUAG